AUGUCUGAUACACAUAAGGGGCAUACUAUUUCAACUCUUGAGGAUAUCUAUCGUUCAAGGAAAGAAGGAAUUAGUAAAGAUACAGAAGAACUUGAAAAUAUUAUUUCCCCUUGCUAUGAGGAAAUAGCAACUGACUUAGAAACCCGGAUAGAUGACUUGGAUAAAGAUUAUGAAAAACUUGUAACAGCAUUGUCAGAUCAUGAAGAAGACUGGCACAGAAAAAUUACCAGUAUUGCCAAUAAAGUGAAAGACGGAAUUAAGGAGAUCAAAGUCAAGCACAUUAGUAUCCUGAAAGAACAUUUGGAUGAAAUCAAACAAAUACUAAUUCAAAUUAAACAAACACGACUUAACCUCCUUACAAUUGAUGAUUCAAACAAAGUAAUAUUGACCAUGGAGUACAGAUCUAAAAACGAAGAAUUCAGAAAACUCCCUCAAAAAUUUCAUGUAUCACCACCAAACUUCAAUCCAAAAACAAUUGAUACAGAACAACUUUCUGAGUUGUUUGGAUCUUUGACACCGCUAUCCAUAAUAAGGGAAGCGAUACGCUAUAAAGCAAGGAAACCACAUACAUCAACUGAACAUUUUCUUAGAGAUCCAAAGGUAAUUACCUCUAUAAAUACUGGGAAUGAAAAUCUUUGCUCUGUUACAUGUCUCAGUGAUGAAAACAUUUGGAUAAAUGCAUUCGACACCAGAUCUACCGAUAUGAAAUGCUUCAACAUUCAAGGCACAGUUAUGAAUACAAUCAAAACGAAGACAGGAAACUGGUCAAAUGAUAUCGCAGUUACUGGAGAUGGGGAUCUUUUGUACUCCUCUGGGACAUCAAGGACUGUAAAUAGAGUUAAAAGUGGACAGACAGAGGAACUGUUCAGACUACUGGGCUGGAUACCUAACAAUCUCUGCGUGACAUCCUCUGGUGAUCUUCUGGUUACCAUGUACAGCAACGACAAAACACAAUCCAGAGUUGCCCGUUACUCUGGCUCACGUGAGAAACAAACAAUCCGGUUUGACGAUGAUGGUAAAGCCCUAUACUCAGGAACAGACUCCAUAAAGUGUAUCACUGAAAACAGAAAUCUAGAUAUCUGUGUGGCUGACUUUAAUGCGUGUGCCGUAGUUGUGGUCAACCACACUGGAAAUCUCCGCUUUAGAUACACUGGUUUUUGUUUUUCAUCCAAACCCCAACUUUUUAAACCUUUUGGGAUAACGACAGAUAGUCAGAGUCAGAUCCUUACGUCAAAUUAUCAUAACGACUCUAUCUACAUCUUGGACAGUGAUGGAGAAUUCCUCACUUUAAUAGAUUGCUGUGAUCUGAAGACCCCGACUGGAUUAUGUGUAGAUAGUAACGACUUUCUCUUUGUUGCCGAGUAUGAUAGUGGGCUUGUUAAGAAGAUUCAAUAUCUGAAGCAAAAAUAA